UAAUCUAGGAUCCAUAAUUCUAUUCCUACUUGAACUAGAAUAUCUCGGGUAAUCCUAAUCCUACUCGAUAAUUAGUCAACAAUCACCCCCCUAAUUUUCGAGUUGGAUUGCGGGUGAUCUUCAACUCCAAGCAUGUCUUCUUUAUCUUGAUUCUCCCGAGGCUCUUCAUGAUCCCUUGCAGUGUUCUUCGGGCUCCACUUAGCUUGAACAAACACUUGCUCCUUGCGAUCAUUACACGUCCUUCCUUGGGUAGUGUAGAAGCUACACAAUCUACACGUCAAGCUUCUCAUACCAUCCAAAUAACUGGAUUGAUUCACUUUGUUUUCUGUGAUUUGGAUACUUCUUCCUUCAGAGGCAAAAUUCAGAACAGAAGACAAAGGCAAAAUUCAGAACAGAAGACAAACGAGAGGCAGUGUACUAGUCUUAAAGUGUUGUAGUAGUGCCUUGAUAGUGUUGAAUAAAACCUCACAAAUAGUUACCCAAUGAGAGAUUAAGAAACUGGAGGGAGUAGUCGAUCCGUUGAAUAGUAGGCACGCCUCAAUAUACAUACAUAUAGUAGCUCUUCUUCUUCUCCGUUCAAACAUAUACGGAGGACGCACUCAUCGGCGCUAUAUCGUUAAAUUUCGACUGUAUUUUUAGCAGAUAGAAAGAAUAUGGAGGACGGAGGAGAGGCGGCGACGCGGAGGAGGCGGCGGUGUUGCUCGAAGGACGAUUUUCUCCCCGAGGAGUCGUUCAGGAGCUGGGGCAAUUACGUCAAUGCGCUCAAGCAGACGCCUUCCAGGUUCGCCGAGCGGGCGUUCAGCAGGUCCGACGACGGGGCGGAGCUGGCGGCCAGGUCCCGGAGCAACCACGAGAUGAGGAAGAGUCUGUCGUGGUGGGACCUGAUGUGGUUCGGGAUGGGAGCCGUCAUCGGCGCCGGAAUAUUCGUGCUCACCGGACUUGAGGCCCGGGAGGACGCCGGCCCCGCCGUCGUCCUCUCCUACGCCGUCUCUGGCCUCUCUGCUCUGCUCUCCGUCUUCUGCUACACUGAGUUCGCCGUCGAGAUCCCUGUCGCCGGUGGUUCCUUUGCAUACCUAAGGGUAGAACUUGGUGACUUUGUGGCCUUCAUAGCCGCCGGGAACAUCCUUCUCGAGUACGUCAUCGGCGGAGCAGCGGUGGCGCGUUCCUGGACGUCCUACUUGGCCAGUCUCUGCAACAAAGACCCCAACUCUUUCCUCAUAAAGGCCCAUGGCCUAGCACAAGGCUACAACAAGCUUGACCCCAUUGCUGUAGGGGUCUGCAUUGUCAUUGGUAUGGUUGCCACUCUCAGCACAAAGGGUUCGUCCCGCCUCAACUACGUCGCGUCCAUCGUCCACAUUCUCGUGAUCCUAUUCAUCAUCGGGUGCGGGCUCGUCAAAUCCGACCCGAAGAACUACACGCCCUUCGCGCCGUUCGGCCCGCGCGGGGUCUUCAAGGCCUCGGCCGUUCUGUUCUUCGCGUACGUCGGCUUUGACGCGGUCUCGACGAUGGCCGAGGAAACGAAGAACCCGGCGAGAGACGUGCCGGUAGGGCUGGUGGGGUCCAUGGUGGUGACGACCGCGGUUUACUGUCUGCUCGCGGUCACGUUGUGUAUGAUGCAGAAGUACGACGCCAUCGACGUGAAUGCCCCAUUCUCCAUUGCUUUCAGGAGUGUGGGGUGGCCAUGGGCUCAGUACAUCGUUGCCUUCGGAGCCCUGAAAGGGAUGACAUCCGUGUUGCUGGUCGGUGCGGUCGGGCAAGCGCGUUACCUGACCCACAUUGCCAGGACUCACAUGAUGCCGCCCUGGUUUUCGCACGUGGACCCCACGACCGGGACGCCGGUCAACGCGACGGCGACAAUGAUGGCGGCCACCGCGGUUAUCGCGUUCUUCACGAAACUCGACAUUCUGGCGAACCUUCUCUCGAUUUCGACCCUCUUCGUCUUCAUGCUCGUGGCGCUCGCACUUCUCAUGCGCCGCUACUACGCGAGCGGGGCGACCGCGCCUCGGGACCGCAACAGGUUCAUCGUCCUCGCCUCGGUCGUCCUCGCGUCGUCGGUCGCCACGUCAGCGUACUGGGGCUUGAGCGAGGACGGGUGGGUCGGGUACUGCGUGACGGUCCCGUUGUGGUUCUCGGCAACCGCGGGCAUUUACUUCUUCGUCCCCCAAGCCCGCGGUCCGAAACUAUGGGGGGUCCCGUUGGUCCCGUGGCUUCCCUCGACGUCCAUCGCCAUCAACAUCUUCCUCCUCGGCUCAAUCGAUCGACAGUCGUACGAGAGGUUUGCGAUUUGGACAGCUUUUCUUCUGGUUUACUAUGCCUUUUUUGGCCUUCAUGCAUCAUAUGACAAUGCAAAGGAGUUGGAAAGAAACCAAGAACAUGGGAAAAUUGAAGAUGGGACUGUGCCAACUUCAGCCAUAGUUGCUCAGUGUGCUGCUUCUAAGAAUUAGCUACACAUUUAGUAUUAAUUAAAUAGAACUCUUGGUU